AUGUCGUCUGGCUAUACUCCCACUGGAAGGCUUAAUCGCCGCGGCAUGGGCAACGCGUGCCAUCUCUGCCGCCACCGCAAGAUCCGCUGCGAUAGGGUGAAGCCCGCCUGCGAAACCUGCCGCCUGGCUGCGGUCCCUUGCGUCUUCACCCCGCUGCCAGCCCGGCCCCGGAAAACGAUCCACCAGGCCCAGAUUCAACAGUUAGAGGAGGAACUGAGGGCGCAGAAACGGCCGUCUCCCAUCCUGCGCUAUGCUGGCCCCCGUCUGGAGGAACCAGGCAAAUUCGACACGGCGAUUGCGGCAUUCCAGUGGCAUAUGCCAUUUUGCGACCCAGACCCGAUCUUCGACCUGGAUGAAUUCUACCGCGAGCUGAUCGAGGAGGCAGGUUUUCCGUGUGAGAGCGAGCCCGCCAGUUUUGGCAUCGUGAAAUGGCCGUCCGCGCGUCUAGGCCGGAGUGCCUUGCACUAUUACAAGAGCACCGGGCUGUACUCGGUGUUCCCGGCCGUGGACGUGGACGUGGUAGAGCGUCUUCUCGACGGUAGCAAUUUCGACCUCGAAGGGGAGUCGAUUGAUGUUGCGAGCCGGGCCUGUCUCGCCGCGUUUACGGCACUUGUCACUGGUCUUCGCCGUGAUGAGCCUGUCUUUGUUGAAAUAGGAGUUGAUCCCAUUGCGUAUGUCCGGGCAGCUCUUACUUUACUGCCUGAAUUGGCUAUGCAUGAUACAAACAUACGGGCGCUGGAAGCCCUACUCUUGCUCACACUAUAUAUUUGCCCUCUUGGGCUCCCACAAACCGGCGAGGUUCUCCUAUCCAUGGCCGUCAAAAUCCUCUUCAAUCUAGGCGGAAACACCACAACCCCAAAGCAGAACGGCCAACACCUCCGGGCCCUGUUCUGGCUUGCAUACGGAAUCGACAAAGAGAACUCCCUCCGCCGGUCCCGACCACCCUUAAUCAACGACGCAGACUGCGACCUGGACCUCCCCGCCACCUAUGUUUCAGAAUACGCCGACUACCACUUCUUCGGCGAGGAGAGCUCCCCCUCCUCCACCGCCCUCCUCUACCCAGCGGACCUCCGCAUGGCCAUUCUCAAAUCCCGCAUCUACCGCCUCCUCUACUCCGUCGAAGGCCAGAGACAGUCAAUGGCGCGACGCCUGCAGUAUAUCCGCGAACUCGACCAAGAGCUCAGCGAUAUGAAGGCCGACUUUCCCCUCCAGUGCCAGCCAGACGGCUUUGCCGGGGGGAGUGUCCCGGAUACACUCUUCCACGACCUGAACUUGCGAGGCGUGUCCAUACAUCUAGGAUACUACUUCUGUCUCACGAAGAUCCACGCCGCCGCUUCAAUAGGGAAUGAUAGUUUCUCGCCCCCGCCGCCGUCGAGCGUAGAGCUGUGCUACCAGGCUGCGCGGUCUAGCUUGCUCUACAUCAGCCGAGUUCGGCAGGGUAUCAUCCCAGAGACAUACUGGGUCUACGCGCAAUUCAUAAUCACAGCCGUGCUCGCACUAUACAGACGGCUACUCGUCGCUCCAGACGGGUCGUACGUCUACGACGACAUGCAGAUCAUGGACGAGAUAGCGGAUAUCUUUGCGCGGUUGUAUAAUUCGUCUUGCGAUGUGGGGAGGCCAUUUGCGCCGUAUAUGAUCACCGAGCGGUUUGUUUCGAAGAUAACGGCGCUGGCGAGGGAGAGUAUUGAGUGGGCUGCGAGUGAGGGGGCGGGAUGA